AUGGCGUCGGAUGCGGAGGAGGUCGCGGAGGACUACCGCCAGGCACUCGAGGAUCUGUCGUCCAACAUGCGCUUCGAGAUCAGCAACCUCACGGUGAUCGCGCGGGAGAACACGGAGCACGCGUUGGCCAUCGCCGAGGUCCUGCAACAGCACAUUCUCAAGGCUGCGCCGAAUAAAAAGCUUCCCUCGCUCUACGUCCUUGAUUCGAUUGUCAAGAACGUCGGCACGCCGUACACGCUCUAUUUCGGACGUAACCUCUUCAAGACGUUCAUGGAAGCGUACGCCGUUGUCGACCAGCCUAUUCGGCGCAAGAUGGAAGAGAUGCUCAAGACGUGGAAGGACCCUGUCCCGGGAUCUAUGGACACUCGGCCCGUCUUUCCUCACGACCUCGUGCGGCCGAUCGAGAACGCUCUCAUGAAAGCGAGGGCGGCCAGCAUGCCUUCGCAAGCCUCGCUCGCCGGCAGGUCACGGUCGGCGCUGCUCCCCAGUCGAAACACGCCGACGCCUCCCGGAAUGCACGGGCCGGCAGGCGCAUACCCUUACCAGGCCUAUGCCAUGGCCAACGGUGGGCGGGCGGGUGAAAUGGGCGCGGAAAACUAUGCGUUCCUGGCACAACAGAGCGUGAGUCUUCUUCGGAACGUCGAUACGGCUGGUUACCAACGAGAUGCACCUUGGCAGUUCCCCCAACAGUCCAUCCUUACACCUGGCCCUGCGCCGGCUACGUUGCACCCAUCCGUACCCGGGCCAUACGGGCCAUCAUCGGCUGCCGGGACGAGCGUAGAAUCCUUGAGCUAUGAUAUUCAGAGCCUGAUCGUGGCGAUGAGGACCGAGUUCGCUCAGAAGCCGCAUGAUGCUAGUGUUCAGAACAGAUUAAGAGCGCUGCUGGAUCUGCAGGUGGUUGUGCAGCGGACAAACUUGCCGCCGGAUCAGCUUGAGCUCAUUAAAACCAGAGUAACUGAACUUGCUGCCGUGACAAUGAGGCCCUCGUCGACGCCGGGAUCUGCUCAGAACCCGGAGAGCGUAUCACAGCAUGGACUUGUGGCCGCGUCGCAUUCUGCUUCCGUAACCACAAGUCCACUUCCCGCACCGGUCACCCUGGACUCUCUGCUCGGUCCGGGAGCACUGGCGGCGUUGAUGGGAAGGCAGUCGGCAACUCCUCAGAACACGACGCCCAAUCCUCCACAUGGCCAGCAGGCCAUCCGACCGCCGCCGCCGCCGCCGUCGACGCAAAGACAGCAACCGCAACCGCAACCGCCAACGGCGAGCCAGAACCCGCUAUCUCUGCUGGAGCAGCUUCGCCAAGCCGGCAUGAUUCCCCAGGGAACGGGAACCCCCCCUACCGCAGGCUCCGCUCCGCUGCCUCCCCCUUCGGCUCCGGCCCCGGCGGCGGCACCCCAGCCAGUACUGCCGUCGGCGAUUGCUGGCAUUCUGUCCUCGGCCCAGGCCCAGGCCCAAGCCGGUCCGGCAAGCUCGGUGCCGGCUCUCGAUGCGGGCCUGGAUGGCGCCGUGCUGAAACGACAGUACCGGCCUGCUGCCCUGGCCGCGUUGUACGAGGAUCUCGGCCCCGCCUGUACGCAGUGCGGACGACGAUUCCGAACGGAUGCGGAGGGCAAGGAGAAGAAGAUGGCACACAUGGACUGGCACUUUCGCGUCCACCAACGCAGCACCGAGGCGGAGAAGCGAGGGACGCACCGGAGCUGGUACGUCGACGAACAGGACUGGCUAAAAUCUCGCGAAACGGUCGAUUCGGACCACGCCACGGUGGCCGUCGAAACCUCGGCGCAGGCGACGCAGCUUGAGAAGGAACCGAGCUACAUUCCGGUCCCGGAGCCGAGCAGCGGCGUCAACACCGUAUGCCCCAUCUGUCAGGAGAAGUUUGAGAACAAAUGGCUCGACACUGCGCAGGAGUGGGUGUGGCUCGACGCCGUGCUUGUCGGUACCCGGGCGUACCACGCGUCCUGCCAUGCCGAAGCGACUCGGGAUCGCGACGGCACGCCAGGUAUCUCACGACGGACCCCCGACCCGGUUCUGGGGAAGAGAAAGGCGGAGACAAGCAUCUCCUCGCCCAAGAUUCGGACGAUGAAGACCUCUGCUUAG